GUAAAACUUGUGUCAUGGGAAUGUAACAUCAGGCGAAAAUUAAAUUUAAUUGUUUGGCUCCUGGUCUUGUCCUUGAAGUUUUCAUUGUAAUAUCAACGUGUUAAUUAAUUGAAUUUCAUGCUAUGGCGUUCUUCUUCUAAAUGGAUGUAAUACACGAAACAAUGACGGAAUAAACGUUGGGUCCAAAUCAUGUGGUUAGUCAUGUUAUACAGGCGUUAACGAUCCAUUGAUUUAAAGUUAAACGUUUAAAACAUUUUAAAAGUGAGGGUAUGGGGUGUAAUUCUAGCUCAGUUGAUGAUAUAUUAAAAGGAAAGGACGCGCGGAAACAGUCGGCCUGGAAAAAAGACUCCAGCAAUAUAACGUCACCCGUGGACAAUGGUAACGAUAAGUUUGACCCGCGUCUUCCACUGACGGUUCGACAGAAGUUCAACAUAAUGAAGUCGUGGAAAGGCAUUGCAAGAAAUAUCGAGGCGACUGGCGUUCUAAUGUUUUUAAGGCUCUUUGAGACGAAUGAGGAAGUUCGGACCAUGUUUACAAAGCUGGUUCACGACGGGAAAUAUGACAUUGCACAGCUGCGGGAGAGUAAGGAGCUCGAAAACCACGUCAAACAGGUCAUGUACACGUUAGACGAGGCCAUCUCCUCCCUAGAAGACGUCGACGUCACCGUCAACCUUCUGCUUAGCGUUGGCUCCUCUCACAGAAGGCUCAAGGAAAGAGGGUUCAAUCCCGCAGUAUUCUGGAAAAUCGAAGAACCGUUCCUGGUCGCAGUUAAAGAGACUCUUGGUGACCGAUAUACGGCCAAUAUGGAGCACAUCUACCGGAAAACCAUCAAGUUCAUACUGGAGACUCUUAUUGAAGGCUUCAAUAAAAAGUGAUAGAUCAUAUCAUGGUCCAUGUGAAUUGAUUGUUGACAAUGACCUCGACUAUAUUGAUAAAAUCUGUAAUUCAUAUUUCAGUGUAGAUUAAUUUUGGAACCAAUAUCCACGUCUAACGCUUAACUAUUAGUACGAGGUCAAAUCACGAUCAAGAUUAUAACUAGAAUUAACUGUUUUAAUGCAAAUUACUAUGAGAGCUUAAUUGUAAAAUAUUACAAAUACUGUAAGCUUCAUCUCAGAUAUAGCAAUAAGACCCAUAGACAAUGUAACAUGUAUACAAGUAUGUAUCAAAAUGUAUAAAUUGUGCCAUUCCUUUUUGGACUAGGGCACUUGUGGCCUAGUUCAUAGCCAUAACCGCGAUGUCUGCAUUUUCAAGCCGCAUCUGAGGGUUCACUGACGUAAUGUAUUCAUACGCUGUAUUUUGAUUGGAUUGCCGUUAGCGAAUUUGAAUAAUCAAAGUAGUACCAGAACUGAUUACAAUCACAAAAUCCAAUAAAUAUAGUUCUCCUAACAAUUCAAGCUAACUGUAUGUUCUUUUAAUGAAGCACACUAAAUGCAUACGUAGCGAGUGAGUUACUCGGUUUAACCACAUGAAUGUUCUUGCAUACGGUCAGAUUAUAUGCAAUAAGAAUAUGAACAUAUUGGAAAAGUACGCAUGGAGGUUUUUCCGUUCAAUGCUCUGUAUUGAUAUACUGGUACCCUCUUUCGCUUUUAUCCGAAAAGAAAUUAGUAUCAGCUAACUGUGGUGCCCGUCGCGCAUUCGAAAUGUCUUGUGAAUUCAUACGUAUUAAAAGCGAAUAAAGCGUGCGGUCUAAGUAGAAAACAACCAGGAAAGUUGGUUUAAAAAAAGUAGUGUUAUCCUUUGUAUACAAUGUUGGUAUUCCGAAGUCGGUCCCUGAUCUUUUUUUCGACAUAAUUUGCAUGUUGCCGUGAAUUUUUCUUUUCGUGUUUUUUCUUAUCGAUACAAAGUUUUUUUAACUAAUCAUCGCAUGGCACUUAGCAAUUUUUUAAAUACAACAUGAUUUUUGGUAUUUAUUGUUCAAAUACUAUUAAUGUUUACUAAAAACCAUAUGCCGCGUACCUGUAUAACUUUAUAUUUUUGAGGAAAAGUAAAUCAGGGUACCAGUGUACUUAUUGACCUCAAAAUUUACUCUGAUCAGAGCGGCCGAAUGAUUCAGACAUGUAUGUUAUCACUACUUCCGGAUGCUGAUGAUGUGAAUUUCAUAGUGUUUUAUUGAGGAAAUUUAUCAAUAAAGCCACCAUUGAAUGCUUACCACCAUCAAACGGAUUUAUUUUCAUCUUACCGAGGGUAGCAUUUUUAAUUUGACACGUUAAUUUUCAAGCAAUACAAGUUCGUUUGAAAAACUCAUGUGUUUUCAAUUGGAGAUAAAAAAAAUAUCAAAUAUGCGCAUACUUAUUUAUGAAGUUUCAUUCUAAAUGAAGCCAAAUAUAUGGAUAUGUGCACAGCAUCUGUGAAUAAGAUGAUUGUUUACCUAUGUGCAUAGAAAAAUCUUGGAGCCACUCUCAGUGUAAGUACAUGACAUUGUGAUAAACCAUCGCCAUGGUAUUGAUAAAACAAUCUUGCAUGUUCAAUUUUGAUUUCCUCUCUUACCUAAUGCACCAGUCAAUUGUUACCACGGCCCCCUCGAGGAUAUACCAGGGAAAAGGGCUGUGUUUUUACCUUUCAGGUGCCCUCGUAGCUAAAGAAAUUCAGCGAACACAUUAUAUAUUACCUUUUUGGACGUGUUGUAAACAUCAAAAAAUAAAUAUCAACAUUACAGUUAUGGAAGCCAGAACUAGUGUCCUCGCAAUGCUGGGUAAUUGCGGUGGUUUUGUCUUCCCUCAAAAUAUAUCAGAAAAUUGCUCUUACCUUAGAUCCCCGGGGUGUGGGGUUAUU